GGUGUGCAUGCAGUCGCCAUUUUUGCGUCGGUCAUUUAGCAUCAUCACAACUUUCAACUGAAGUGUUCCUUAUUCGGAGCAAUACUGUGCUACUCACUUUGCUGCAACUGGCCCUCCAAGCUCCUUUCGUAAUUUAAUUUAUAUUCCAGUAUGGGGGAGGAUAGCAAGGACCGUGAUCGCGAUAAGGAAAGGGACAGGGACAAGGAGAGGCGUCGCCGAUCUCGUUCUCGGGACCACAAGAAACGAUCACGCAGCCGAGAUCGCAGUCGAGAGAGAAGGAAAAGAAGCCGCUCACCAGUAGGGUCACCGAAGAAGGAUAAACGAUCAAGAAGACGAAAGCCGUCCAUGUACUGGGAUGUCCCGCCUCCAGGCUUUGAGCAUAUCACACCUAUGCAGUAUAAGGCCAUGCAAGCUGCCGGACAGAUUCCUGCUAAUCUGGUCACUGAAACACCGCAAGCAGCAGUUCCUGUUGUUGGAUCUACCAUUACCAGGCAAGCUCGUCGCUUGUAUGUUGGUAACAUACCAUUUGGUGUCACAGAGGAAGAGAUGAUGGAGUUUUUCAACCAGCAAAUGCAUUUGUCUGGUUUGGCCCAGGCAGCAGGCAAUCCUGUCCUAGCAUGUCAAAUUAAUUUGGACAAAAAUUUUGCCUUCCUAGAGUUCCGGUCCAUUGAUGAAACAACUCAAGCCAUGGCCUUUGAUGGAAUCAACUUCAAGGGGCAGAGUUUGAAGAUCCGCAGACCUCAUGAUUACCAGCCUAUGCCUGGGAUGUCAGAAAAUCCUUCAGUUACUGUUCCAGCUUAUGAUUCUCUGUUUGCAGCUGGGGUUAUCAGUACAGUUGUCCCAGAUUCACCUCAUAAGAUUUUCAUUGGUGGCCUACCCAACUACCUUAAUGAAGACCAGGUCAAGGAGCUUUUGAUGUCCUUCGGUCAACUUCGUGCAUUCAAUUUGGUGAAGGACUCUGCAACUGGACUCAGCAAGGGUUACGCCUUCUGUGAAUAUUUUGAUGUCUCCAUGACUGACCAGGCUAUUGCUGGUCUUCAUGGAAUGCAAUUGGGAGACAAGAAACUGAUUGUACAACGGGCGAGUGUUGGUGCCAAGAAUGCUCAAAUUGGCCAGCAAGCUCCAGUGCAAAUCCAAGUACCUGGUCUCACUAUGGUGGGCGCUGCUGGACCUGCCACAGAGGUUCUUUGUCUGCUGAAUAUGGUGACACCUGAUGAACUACGUGAUGAGGAAGAAUAUGAAGACAUCCUUGAUGAUAUCAGAGAAGAGUGUGGCAAGUAUGGUGUCGUUCGUUCACUGGAAAUCCCCAGGCCUAUUGAAGGAGUCGAUGUCCCAGGCUGUGGAAAAGUUUUUGUUGAGUUUAAUUCGAUUGUGGAUUGUCAGAAAGCACAGCAAAGUCUCACAGGGCGUAAAUUCAACAACAGAGUUGUUGUCACAUCUUACUUUGACCCUGAUAAAUAUCAUCGCCGAGAAUUUUAAACUAAGCAUUCACAGAGCAUAUGUUUUAGACUGAUGGUCAAAGAACUAAUAGAAGCACAGACUUUGAGUUCUGUACAAAUACCUUGGAAUCCGUUUACAGAUACUAAAUGGGUACCUGUCCAUUAAUCAAUUUGAUGUUUCCCUAAUUAUUGUAGAUUUGUGAUAAGGGAUAAUUCACCUGACUUCUUGCUAUUAAGUUAGUCAGAAAUUGUAAAUUUUGACAAGAUUUUUGUUGGAAUCUGAAACAUUUUUAUCAUGAAGAGGAACUCAAUUUAAAAUCGUGUUCCUGUCAUACAACUUUCAUUUGUUCUCAAAUUUUAGAGAGCUUGUAGAAUUAUAAGAGCCUCACAUUUGUUUUAGAAGCCAUAGCACCUAAUUAUGUGUCCAUUCAUGUGUGUGUGUUUUACUUCUGUCCCAUUUUAUGCAUGAACACAUAAUGUGGGAUACCAAUGUUGUACUAGGUAACAUUUAUAAUGUUUCAGAAUAUCUCAAAUAAAAUCUAUAACAAACUGCAGAA